CUUGUGUUUACAGCUCGGCUGGAUGCAGUUGGCUGCUGAUGUCAGUGGGAGAGUGCAAUGUUGUGCCAACCGCCACUGGAGUAAAUACAACUGUGGGAAUAAAGAUGCACCUGUCGUUUGGGGAGCUGGUGAAGACUGAAUAGCAGGGCUGUCAUCACUGUUGUGGGUUGCUGUUUCCCUCAUCCAGUUGCUUUGGAUGAAAGGAGACUAUUUAGGGAAGAAAAGAAAACAUGGAAUCGACUUUCAGGUGAUUUUGCUCAUCAUCUCCCACCACUUCCUCCUCCUCCUGUCUUCCAUUCAUGAGCAGCGUGGCUGAGUUUAGCAGCGGCAGCCAUGGAUGACAAAGGGUCGGUGGGGAAGAUUAGCGUGUCCUCGGACUCAGUGUCCACUCUCAACAGUGAGGACUUUGUCCUUGUGUCCCGGCUGGGGGACGAGACACCCUCCUCCACUAAUAAUGGUAGUGAUGACGAAAAGACAGGACUGAAGGUGAUUUCUGAGGAAGGGGUCAGCUUUAAGAUCGUGGGGAAUGGAAGUGAGCAGCAGCUACAGAGGGAGUUAGAGGAUGUCCUCAUGGACCCAUCGGUAGCCGACACUGGGCACGUACUGGAAAACCGGGACAUGGACAGCUUCAGUGGGGGAGGCCGUGGCCUUCUUCCCACUACAGUGUCAUCUGUACCAUCAGGCUCUGACCCGCUGAGUGCAUCCCCACCCAAGUUGGAUAUGGUGCUACCUGUUCAGACGGCUCAGGAGAGCGAGCUGAAUGAGAGGUCGUACCGAGCAGAUGAAUCGUCGUCUGAGGGGAGUCCUGGCAGUCCCAUACCGGAUGAGGACAGCGUUGUGUUCAGCCAGCUGACAUAUCUGGGCUGUGCAUCGGUCAACGCGCCUCGCAGUGAGGUGGAGGCCUUACGUAUGAUGAGCAUCCUCAGAGGACAGUGCCAGCUCCCCCUUGAUGUCACACUGUCUGUGCCAGGCGUGUCUGAAGGCACUGUCAGGUUGUUGGACCCCAACAAUAGCACGGAAAUUGCCAACUACCCUAUCUACAAGAUUCUGUUCUGUGUGCGGGGUCAUGAUGGUACUCCAGAGAGUGACUGCUUCGCCUUCACUGAGAGCCACUACAAUGCCGAGAUCUUCAGGAUCCAUGUGUUCCGCUGCCAAAUCCAGGAGGCGGUCAGUCGGAUAUUAUAUAGCUUUGCCACAGCAUUUCGGCGGUCAGCCAAGAGGGCAAUACUGUCAUCUCAGCAACCAGCUCCUCUCACCCCUGACAGCGACUUGUUUACCUUUACUGUCAGCCUGGAGAUCAGGGAGGAUGAUGGCAAGGGAACCUUCAGUGCUGUAGCGAAAGACAAGGACAAGCAGAGUUUCAAGCUGCGUGCCGGAAUGGACAAGAAAUUAGUUAUUUAUAUCCAGCAGACCUCCAAUAAGGAACUCGCCAUUGAGAGGUGUUUUGGUCUUCUGCUCAGCCCAGGGAAGAAUGUGAAGAAUAGUGACAUGCACCUGCUCGACUUGGAGUCAAUGGGAAAAAGCUCUGACGGGAAGUCUUACAUCAUCACAGGAAGCUGGAACCCCAACACGCCUCAGUUCCAGGCUGUGAAUGAGGAAACACCCAAAGAUAAAUUUCUGUACAUGACGACAGCGGUGGACCUUGUGAUUACAGAGGUGGAGGAGCCGGUCCGCUUCCUGCUGGAGACAAGGGUCAGAGUAUGCGCCCCAAACGACAGGCUGUUCUGGCCCUUUAGCAAGCGAAGCUCUACUGAGACCUUCUACCUUAAACUACGCCAGAUGGAGCGUAAGGAGCGCAAGAGUCCAGCCUCCGACACACUUUAUGAAGUUGUGAGUUUGGAAAGUGAGACCGAAAGAGAGAAACGGAAGACCACGGCUAGUCCCGGCAUCCUUCCUACUGGGUCUGGUACCAUGGUUCCUUCACCACCUGAGGACGAUGAAGAGGAAGAUAAUGACGAGCCGCUACUUAGUGGAUCGGGCGACGUUUCCAAGGAGUGUGCAGAGAAGAUCCUCGAAACCUGGGGAGAAUUGUUAUCCAAGUGGCAUAUGAACUUGUCAGUGCGUCCCAAGCAGCUGCCAGCCCUGGUGAGGAGUGGCAUUCCGGAGGCUCUUCGUGGGGAGGUGUGGCAGCUCCUGGCAGGGUGCCAUAAUAAUGACCACCAGGUAGAAGAGUACCGCACUCUCAUAACAAAGGAGUCGCCUCAGGACAGUGCCAUCACCAGAGACAUUAACAGGACGUUCCCAGCUCACGACUACUUCAAAGACACUGGAGGAGACGGACAAGACUCCCUCUACAAGAUCUGCAAGGCUUACUCUGUUUACGACGAGGAGAUUGGCUACUGCCAGGGACAGUCCUUCUUGGCUGCUGUGCUGCUGCUGCACAUGCCAGAGGAGCAGGCUUUCAGUGUGCUGGUCAAGAUCAUGUUUCAUUAUGGGCUCAGGGACCUUUUCAAGCAGAACUUUGAAGAUCUGCAUUGCAAAUUCUUCCAACUGGAGAGACUCAUGCAGGAAUAUAUACCAGACCUUUACAGCCAUUUUCUGAAUGUGGGUCUGGAGGCUCACAUGUACGCCUCCCAGUGGUUCCUCACCCUCUUUACAGCCAAGUUUCCUCUCUACAUGGUCUUCCAUAUCAUUGACCUGCUACUGUGUGAGGGCAUCAGUGUGAUCUUCAAUGUCGCUCUUGCACUUCUGAAGACAUCAAAAGACGAUCUGAUCCAAACAGACUUUGAGGGUGCGCUCAAGUUCUUUCGUGUUCCAGUUCCUAAGCGGUACCGUUCUGAGGAAAACGCAAAGAAACUGAUGGAGCUGGCCUGUAGUAUGAAGCAGAUCAGCCAGAAGAAGCUGAAGAAGUUCGAGAAGGAGUAUCACACCAUCAGAGAGCAGCAGGAGCAGCAGGAGGCCCCAAUUGAGAGAUAUGAGCGGGAGAAUCGGCGUUUGCAGGAGGCUAACAUGCGCCUGGAGCAGGAGAAUGACGACCUGGCACAUGAACUAGUCAGCAGCAAGAUAGCGCUACGCAAAGACCUUGACAAUGCUGAGGAAAAGGCAGAUGCCCUGAACAAAGAGUUGCUGCUGACCAAACAGAAACUGGUGGAUUCUGAGGACGAGAAGAGGCGACUGGAGGAAGAGUCUGCACAGCUGAAGGAGAUGUGCCGGCGAGAGCUCGAUAAGUCUGAGUCGGAGAUUAAGAAGAACGGCUCCAUUAUUGGAGAAUAUAAACAGAUCUGCUCCCAGCUGAGCGAGAGGCUGGAGAAACAACAGACCGCCACAAGAGGAGAGCUGGAGAAAAUCAGAUCCAAAGUGGAAGGUUGUGAGAAGUGCAGCAGCCUUUUCAACAAAGAAGGUCGCGUGCGGGCCGCAGUGACCACGGCGCCCGCUGGAGGGACGGAGGAGAUGGAUGAGGAGAAGGAGAGUCUGAAGAACCAGCUGAGGGAGAUGGAGCUUGAACUGGCGCAGACCAAACUGCAGCUGGUGGAGGCCGAGUGCAAAAUCCAGGACCUGGAGCACCACUUGGGUCUGGCCCUCAACGAGGUACAGGCCGCCAAGAAGACCUGGUUCAACCGAACGCUCAGCUCCAUCAAAACCGUCACUGGGACCCAGGGCAAAGAGACCACCUAAUCUGGAAAAAAAAACACACACAAAAAAAACGACCAUCCAGUGUCCGGUUUUACCCCAGACCACGUCUGGAGUUCAGUGCUCCUCUUCACACUGAAAACUCUGGACCCUUAAAACGUAACUCCCUGGGUCAUAACUUUAACUUUGAGCAUUGACUGUUAAAACCCAGGACGAUGACAAACCUACAGACUGUGUUACUUACUUAUUGUGUGUCUCCCCCGUUACCACGCCUACUGAGCUAAUCUCCCUCAUAACCUUUCGUCCCAAAUGACUCCAGCCUGCUGUGCUGACGAGAAGGGAUUGGAAAAAACAUAUGAUAACAUACAGUGAGCGGUAUCAUCGUCCCCAGAAGAAAACAACGCGCUUCCACCAUUCAACAAAGAAAAAUAGAAGAAAAGAAAUGCUUCAUUGAUUUCUGUCUUUGUACUGCUGAUGUUAAUGACCAGCAGAAGGAAGGUAGGACAUCGGGACUGUCGCUGUCCUAACGGGACAGACGUGACAAACGUUCCGUCCCUCCUUGCUUUCCUGCAUGCUCCCCUCUUAACUACUGGCACAAAACUACCAGUCCCUGUCGAAAACGUGGGGUUUUUUCGGUACGAGAGAUGAACGACGCCUUUCCAGAACUGAGCUUUUUCUAAUUUACGCUGAACGAUGACUUUGUUGGGUUUUUUUUUCUAUGUAUGUCGAUGAAUGUGCUUAUGUAAAGAGGGCGUGUGUGUGUGUGUGUGUGUGUUCGUUCGUAAGUAGUACAUGUUGUUUCUUUUCUGUGUGUCAUACGUGUUCACGUGCGUGACUGGAAAACAACGUUCGACUGCAUUAAUAACCGACUGAAAUAACUCUUAAGCUGAGUGAAAGAAAGCAUAUGAGAGAGAGUCCGAGAUAAAGUUAAAGCACUAAAGGUUAUGACUGUGUGAAUGCAUGUUAAGGGAAGAUGUAAGAUUUCCCCGUGGUCAUCGAGUUUCCCUUAAAUGUCUAAAUAUGUAUAUAUAAAUGAUGCUGAAGAGGAGGUUGCUGACGACGCCUUUGAUGCGAAGGUUGACGGAGAUGAAAAUUGUAAUUUACGUUAAAAGCUGUCAGACAUAAAACAUGCUUGAGGUGGUGUUUUUCUGUUUUUUUUUUUGUUUUUUUUUCUCUAUUUGGUUUGGAUCUCACAGCACAAAGAAACUUAAAAAAGCUCCAAACCAUGACAACCUCUGCAUGCCUUUUUCAGUAUGUGUAUGUACGUGAGAACAUUGUUGAACCCCGGACUGGUGCAAUGAUUGUAAUACAGGUCAAAAUGCAAAACACAACACACACACACACACAGAAACCUGCAAAUCCUGUUGUAUUUCAACACACUAACAGAGUCAACCUCUCUCAUUCGGCCCCCGGCUGCACAGUGGUGUCUGACCGUCACUGGCAGGACCAUGUUUGAUAGUUUGUUGGAGCAGUGAGACAGGUUGUGUUUUUUUUUAUUUUUACCACUACACACGAGCACUGAAUUACAAGGUCCACAUGCACUUAAUAUUUAUAUAAAGGCGGGUCUAAAACAAACACAAAGAAAUAGCGACCGUUAAGUUGUCUUUCUUUCUUUCUUCCUGUGUUCACCGAUAAAUCCUGCUAAAUUUUACACAGAAACAUUCGCUGGUAACAAAAGAAACGGCAUAUCUUGUCAACGAGAGAUGCUUGAAGAAAAAAAGAAGUUUGAAAACUUAAAGGAAGGACACGGAAAAGUGUUGUACAGCUUGUUGAAUUUCUGUUCUUUCUUUUUGGGAGAACCCAGACUCUUGAGUACAGUUCCCGUGGUCACACAUGAUGGUUGGGUCAGAGACACAAUCGUGGGUAAAGUGAGGACAGUGUGUCCUCCGCCUGUGUCGUCAUUUUUGAGACGAUACUGAAACGAUGACAGAAAACUCGCAAGUCUGAAGAAUUUGAUUGUUUUUGAUGUUAUUUUUCCAAACCAGCGAGGUGCAAAAGUCCCGGCGACACAUUUCAAACGCCACGGUGCCACGAAGAAUUCAACCGGACUAAAUAUAGAAAUGGCCACUGUAGAAUAUAUAUAUAUAUAUAUACAUAUAAGACUGAAAGUGUAACUGUGCACCUGAAGUCUGCGUUACGCCGUCAGUCAUGCUGGAUUCUCACUGUUAUGUCUUGUGAGGUCAAACCAAAAUGGUGGGCUUUACGACGAAGAGGGUUCAACAUUUUCAAUAUUGUUCAUGCUUCGUGAGACUGAGGGGGAGACUUUUUUUUGUAUAUAUUUUGCGAGCCUAAAGGAAAUGAUUACUUUAAAUUACAUGGAAUCUGAAAUCUACGUUUGAUGUGAUCAAAAAAAAAAGAAAGAAGCGAGAAACACAUGGGGCCAUUCCUCUGAGGGCACUGGGCUGUACAUAACAACCAUAACAAUAAUGAAUAUUGAGUUUUUUGUUUAUGAUUUUCUACUGCGUAACGAUGACUAAUGUUGCCUACUUGUACCUACCUACCUGCUGCUGUGCUACAGUUUAACCCACGGUCUACAUUUUUAAUGUUUUACUUUGUGUUUCCGAGGCUUCUCGUAUGUCACACUGCUGUUUGGUUUAAUUCAAUGCCAAAAUGUAGCUUUAUCAUCCGACAACAGAAACAAACAUUAUCAGUGUGUGGAAAUUGUAAUAGUGUAGGAUGCAUUGUGUAUACUUCAUGAAUUUCAAUAUAAAGAUAUCAACACAGAA